GAGCCUGCCCCGCCGGCUGCGGAGCCAGGUCCGGGCCGAACCCGCACCUGGCGGGAGAUGGAGGCAGGUGUCCGCAGCCGGGUCCUGAGCCCCUCGUCCCGGGGCGUCCGUAUCUCACUCUCUGCCACCGGGACGGACGGAGUGCAGAAACCAGACCCAGCUCCCGGGCGCUCUUCCCCGAAUUGCGGAGCUCCGGACUGAGCCGGGCAGUCCCACGGCCCCCAGAAUUCUUGGAGGGUUUCCGUGGAGCGCCUACGUCAGAAUCACCUGGGAAGUAUUUAAAAAAAAAAAAAAAAAAAAAAAAGUACCAAAGCCGAGGCGCAUCCUAGUACCUGCCUGCCCUGUGCCAGCGGGCGGGGCCCGGGAACCUGCAUGUCAAAGGGGCCGCGGCUCCUAAGAUGCGCUGGCUCUGGGGAGCGCGAACAGAGCGUUUUGCCGGCCCUGCGGGGAGAGCUGGCGCCGGCGUCUCCCUGUAGCCGGACUGGGCGCCGCGCCCAUGGGUGGGCUGCUGCCCGGCCCCGUCGCCCAGCCAAGCCGCCGCCUGGGUGGCCAUUCCCAGGCCGGACUCCGGGGGAGUGGCAGCGUCGAUCACUGCCCCCAAAAUUCGAGGUCUGCGGCGGCUUUCAAAACUUGACAACUUUCCUUUCCAGGAGGACCCCGUUCUGGAGCGUUAUUUCAAAGGCCACAAAGCUGCGAUCACCUCCUUGGACUUCAGCCCCAACGGCAAGCAACUCGCUCUUGGUCUCCACUUUUCAUGCCUCCGCAGGAGCCGGCCGUGCCAGGGAGCUGGGGUCAAGAAGGCUCUCAGACCUCCAGAAAAAUACAGAGGAUUUGUCUCGACCGCUUUAUAAGAAGCCCCCUGCAGAUUCCCAUGCACCUGGGGAGUGGGGGAAAGCCAGCAAACUCCAACUCAACGAGGGUGAACUGAAGCAGCAAGAAGAACUCAUUGAGAGAUAUGCCAUCAAUAUUUACCUCAGUGACAGAAUUUCCCUGCAUCGACACAUAGAGGAUAAAAGAAUGUAUGAGUGUAAGUCCCAGAAAUUCAACUAUAGGACACUUCCUACCACCUCUGUUAUCAUUGCUUUCUAUAAUGAAGCCUGGUCGACUUUGCUCCGUACUAUUCACAGUGUUUUAGAAACUUCUCCUGCGGUCCUUUUGAAAGAGAUCAUCUUGGUGGAUGACUUGAGUGACAGAGUUUAUUUGAAGACGCAACUUGAAACUUACAUCAGCAAUCUUGAUAGAGUACGCUUGAUUAGGACCAAUAAGCGAGAGGGGCUGGUUAGGGCCCGUCUGAUUGGGGCCACUUUCGCCACUGGGGACGUCCUCACUUUCCUGGAUUGUCACUGUGAGUGUAAUUCCGGUUGGCUGGAACCGCUUUUGGAAAGGAUUGGGAGAGAUGAAACAGCAAUUGUGUGUCCUGUUAUAGACACAAUUGAUUGGAAUACUUUUGAAUUCUAUAUGCAGACAGGGGAGCCCAUGAUUGGUGGGUUUGACUGGCGUUUAACAUUUCAGUGGCAUUCUGUCCCCAAACACGAAAGGGACAGGCGGAUAUCAAGAAUUGACCCCAUCAGAUCACCCACCAUGGCUGGAGGACUGUUUGCUGUCAGCAAGAAAUAUUUUCAGUACCUUGGAACAUAUGACACAGGAAUGGAAGUGUGGGGAGGUGAAAACCUUGAGCUGUCUUUUAGGGUGUGGCAGUGUGGUGGCAAAUUGGAGAUCCACCCGUGUUCCCACGUGGGCCAUGUGUUCCCCAAGCGGGCACCGUAUGCUCGCCCCAAUUUCCUACAGAAUACUGCUCGGGCAGCAGAAGUUUGGAUGGAUGAGUACAAAGAGCACUUCUACAAUAGAAACCCUCCAGCAAGAAAAGAAGCUUAUGGUGAUAUUUCUGAAAGAAAAUUACUACGAGAGCAGCUGAGAUGCAAGAGCUUUGACUGGUAUUUGAAAAACGUGUUUCCUAAUUUACAUGUUCCAGAGGAUAGGCCAGGCUGGCAUGGGGCUAUUCGCAGUAGAGGAAUCUCUUCUGAAUGUUUAGAUUAUAAUUCUCCUGACAACAACCCCACAGGUGCUAACCUUUCACUGUUUGGAUGCCAUGGUCAAGGAGGCAAUCAAUUCUUUGAAUAUACUUCAAACAAAGAAAUAAGGUUUAAUUCUGUGACAGAGUUAUGUGCAGAGGUUCCUGAGCAAAAAAAUUAUGUAGGAAUGCAAAAUUGUCCCAAAGAUGGGUUCCUUGUACCAGCAAACAUUAUUUGGCAUUUUAAAGAAGAUGGAACUAUUUUUCACCCACACUCAGGACUGUGUCUUAGUGCUUAUCGGACCCCGGAGGGCCGACCUGAUGUACAAAUGAGAACUUGUGAUGCUCUAGAUAAAAAUCAAAUUUGGAGUUUUGAGAAAUAGAGCACAACAGCACUUUCGUCAUGAGCUGACAAUAGCGUCAAGAAAGUCAAAGAGCCUGAAGGGCCUCAGUGAAGAUUGUAUUUUAUUUUAUCAAAAGCCACCUAGCAGUCGUCUGUGGAGCACUGGAAAGCUGGGGUUCAUUUUGGUAUACCACACUGAAACUGGGUACCCAGAGUGCUGCUGUUUAAUAUUUCACAGUGCCUUACUUAUAUGAGUUGUUUUAUAUAAGAGCUUUGUCAAUAUGGUCUCUUCUUAAAAGAAGUUGACUGUGAAUUGAAACACACAAGACAUAUAAGUGCCAGACUUAAUAUUAAAGAAUGUAAAGGUCCAAGUAAAAUGAGGUAUGAUUUAUGUUGAUGGGUAAGUUCACCGCACAUCCCAUUUUUUAACAAAACUCACGAAUGUGCAGUUGGAGCUAUUGCUAUUUUCAUUACAUAGAAUUUGAAUUUCUUUUUCAGCCAGCACAUUAAAUUUUAGAUUUUAUUUUUAAAUUUUUUUUUCUAAUCAAAAAGAAAGAAAAUUGAGCUUAAUGCAAAAGGCCUGGUUUUAGAGAUACGUGUAAUUGGAAGAGGGCAUUUGUUUGAGUGUGAGUUUGGAGGCCUUUUUAACAUGCAGACGUACCCAUAUCUAAAUGAAAUGGGGAGAUAUUUACAUUCCAUACUUUGUAAACUUGAGCUAUUGGACUUCACUGAUCUAUAUAUUAAUACCUCAGAUUCCUCUUGAUUUGUAAGCUGUCCUCUCUGUGAACGUGUUUGUGUGUGCAGGGCAUUUUCUGAUUGCACUUCCUUAAGUUAUGAAUGUACUAGAAAGGGACUCAUUCCGAAUACUAUGCCUCCCUUUGUUAAUGCUUAAUCAUUUAAAGUAAACACAAUUGAGGCCUCUCUGAAGUUAAACCCAACUAUGUUUAUUAAAAUGUGUGAAACUGAAAGUGGGCUAGGUUCUGCCAAGGCUGUGGAACUCUCCUACGAAUUCUGCUGAUCAGGAAAUGUAAGAAUUUAUCUUUAAAAUGCAAGGAAAAAAGACUGCCUUGGCAGUUGUGAAUGCUGCUUUCCGUCUCUAGCACCGAGCCUGGCACUUAAGUGCCGCUUUCAGUAAGUGGGUAAAUGAAUGACUGAAUGAAUGAAUGGCUCAGCUGAGGAAUGUGACUUUGGUCAAGUUAUUUGAUGUGUUUGGGCUUGGUUCUCUCAUCUGUAAAAUGUGGGUGCUGAAUUGGAUCUUAAAUAUCCCUUUCAGCUCUGAAAUGUUGAUUAUACAGUAUAUUCUUCCCAGAUUCACUCACUGUGCAAUCUUUACAAUACUUUUUAUCUUUUUCACUUUUGACGUAGGUAAUGUUGUUGAGCAGUUGAGCAAUGUUCAAUCCAGUUGUGAAGCUGGAGAAGAGAAAUGGGUUUUAAAAAUUAAGUGAGCUGAGGCCGGGCGCGGUGGCUGACACCUGUAAUCCCAGCACUUUCGGAGGCCAAGGUGGGCGGAUCACGUGGUCAGGAGAUCGAGACCAUCCUGGCUAACACGGUGAAACCCCGUCUCUACUAAAAAUACAAAAAAUUAGCUGGGCGUGGUGGUGAGCACGUGUAGUCCCAGCUACUCGGGAGGCUGAGGUAGGAGAAUAGCGUGAACCCAGGAGGCGGAGCUUGCAGUGAGCCGAGAUCUCGCCACUGCACUCCAGUCUCGGCAACAGCCAGACUCUGUCUCAAAAAAAAAAAAAAAAAAAAGAGAAUUAAGUGAGCGGAACUCACCUGAAGUGGUUUACUUCUGUGGGUUAAGAAGUUUUAGUCAGUGUUUAUAGUCAUUUCAUUUUGAUAAUUGUUGAACCAAUUUUGUUUUUAAAACCUUUAGACUCUUAAUAUUUUGACUAAGAAUAUAAAUAUUUCCAAAACUAAAUUAUUCGGGAAGUAAACACUUUUUUUUUUUUAAGUAUUUUUACUGGUUUUCUACCAAUAUUAUAUCCAGAAAUCACAGGAUGAAUUUAGAAUUAAAUCUCAAUUAGUACACUUUGGCCUAGAUUUAUGAAAAAUGCAUGCUUCGUAAAGAGUCCACUGUAUUCACGAGUAAAGUUGCUUUUAGUGUUUACUUGAUGACUUGGAGAGUAAGAAUUUUGCAAAAUCUGAAUUAAGGAAAUUCUUUAGGAUAACCAUUUGAAAAAAUAAAAUUGCUAUGCAAUCUUGAAUAUUUUCUGUUUUGCCUCGUAAAAUGAAAAUGCAUUCAUAGUUUCUGUAAGUUAUUUAGCAACCUUAAAGUUUAUCAACGAAUUGUCCAGAUUCCACAUGCAGCAUGCUUGGCCCUGCAUUUAAUUUAAGAAGGGUUAAUAAUAAUGCUCUGAGUUUUUCAAAAGGGAUUCUCCUAAACCCACCCACUUCUUUUGCCCAGGCUGCUUUUUAAAAAUACUUUUUUAUUUUUUACUUAUUUUUAAAUUUUCUCUUUUUAUUUAUUUUUUUGUUUUCUUGUUAGCCCCCUAUUAUAUGGGAUAACUAAAAUUGUUAUAUUUUGAAAGUACUUACUCCAUUAUUUUUAUUUUAGUAUCUUGAUGCUCCUAUCAAAAGGGAAAUGAGGCUUUAAAAAAUAAAGUACCUUAAUUUUUUAUUGACUUUUUGCCCUAAAUUGCUAGGUGUGACCCAGCAAUCUUUUAGGAAGAGAUUUUACAGUGGUGCUUUAUUUAUGUCAAUAAUCCAGUAUAGUUAGGCUGUUCAUUCCUCAUGAGUGCAUAACAGAAAAGCGGGACUUUCACAUUUUCAUAUUUACUCAAGUUCCAAUUUAAUUCCAAAAAUACUCUGUAAUUCUACAUUUUAAAAAACUGAUUCCCUAAUUUGAAUUUAUUAGUACCAAAGCUGUCUUUUGUUGUAGACAAUUAAGAGUUGACCUUUUAAGUUAAUGUUUAUGCUUAAAAACAGUUUUAGGAAAAUAUUUGGUAGACAAGGAGUUUCAACUUUAAAUGUCCACUGUGUCAUUUAGUGCCCAACUCUAUGGAUACAUGGACUAUCUAAAUAGGCGUUUUUAGUCAUUAAAAAAAAAUCUAGUCACUAGGAGGAUUUCUAUCACUCAAAAUAACUUGUUUGUAAAAGAAAAUUUGUUUACUUACCCAUUAGUAAGUUCCUACAUAUUCAUUAUAUGAUGGCAAAUGAAACUUUUCUAGGAUGAAGACAGCUUAUUUUUAAGUUGUAUGGUCUUUAAGUUGGUUUAGGGUCUCAAUUUUAAUUAAUAAAAUACUUGGUUUUUAUUUGCUUGUCCUUUUGAAUUCCUGUUUUAAUAAUUUUAAAAUGAGCACAAAGAAUGUUGAAGUUCAGAUUAAUCUCUUCUGAAUGAUGAUUUUUUUUCUCUGUGAUGAGUUGUUUCUGACUUUUUUCCUUUUGUAUUUGUAAUGUUGAUUAAGACAUAAAAUAAAAAGUGCACCUCAUUA